UAACUGAAAUUGUUACUAGGGUAAAGACGUGUGGUGGUAAAAUGUAUGCGAUUGUUUCAAGAAAUAUCAAUGAUAAAAUAUUUAGUUAAAAAUUUUUUUGCUUUGUGAAAUUUUUGUAUAGUGAAUUAAAAUGGUUUUAAAUGCGAAUGUUUGUGAUGUUAAAAUGACUUUUCGAACUAUAUGGUGUGGAGCAAAACAAAAUAAUUGUGAUGCAAGUGUUUAGAAAAAUCGAACUAUAUUAUUUAUCAAUCGGUUCCGAAAUAUAUGUAAGUUAUUGUAACCAGUGUUUUAUCUGGUGACAUGAGACCGGUCAUCUUGUACGCAAUUUAUGCAUAAAUAACUAGUCCUAUCGCGAAAUUCAGCCGCGCCGCGAUACUAAGUUCAUCUCAAUUUAGAUAAGGCGCUUAUAUUUACCGAAAAAUUUUACAAAUAACUUAAUCUUGAUAGAGUGUAAAGUGUACGAUUGUUUCGAAUAACGACAUCCAUGUAUUUGGAUAUCGCAAGUGUCUCAGUCGCUUAAUAGCUGGCCAAAAACUUGCGACGCAUUUAUCGUUCAAUCAGUUCCUCUUCGAACAUUCGAGUGGUUAUAUCGUUUUGCGCGUUUCUUGAAUCAGAAAAAACAAUGGCUCCUACUCUGUACAUGUCAGAAAUCAGCCCCCCGUGCAGGGCCGUACUUAUGACCGCUAGGAUCUUGGGAUUGACGCUGAAAGUGAAGAAAAUGGAUUUGGGAAAACAGGAGCAGCUUUCUCCGAAUUUCCUUAAGCAGAUUAAUCCUCAACAUACUAUUCCGACUCUGUGCGACAACGGAUUCGUCAUUUGGGACAGCCACGCAAUAAUCGCCUUCCUGGUUGGUAAAUAUGGAAACGACGACGAACUGUACAGCAAGGAUAUCAUGGAAAGAGCGCUCAUCGACCAGAGACUUCAUUUCGAUUCUUCGGUGGUCAAUAACUUCACUAGAACUAUUUUGGUGAGUCUACUGUCUACUACACGAAACAUCCCCAUUAAUAUUUUAUUUAAUGAUAGUAAAUUAAAAUUAAAGCUAAACAGUUACCAGUCCUCUACAAUGGGAAUUGGCCUCCAAGUCCAAAGGGAGACAGUAUUAGAAAGAAGGACAUAUUCUCUAUUAUAUAUUCAGGACAACACCGGUAUCAGAUCUAAGGAGACCAAGUUAAAGGUGGAGAAAGUAGGUCAGAUCCCUCCCACCCACUCCACCUCACACAGGAGUUCCUCAGCCAGGGAAUGA